CAGGAUCGACCGCGAGCGGCAGACAUGACUGCCGGUGGCAUUGUGCUUCCAUUCCAUUCAACAUUUCUUGGGGAACGCCAUGUUGCCCUUGCAUUUCAUUCUCAUUCUCAUUCUCACCUACCUAGGUAUGCUAGGAACCGAUUGCGGGGGCAUAUGUGAGUGCCAGAGGCACAGGUUGUUGCAGAUAGAUUGCCAUAACAAUCCCCUCAAUUUCAAUCGCCGGUUUGAUAGUCAUGGACCACCGUGGCUGAUGCUCCAUAGGGGGGGACUCUCCCUCGCAGGGAACUGGCUGCUUGGGAUGCGAGGGCGGCAGAGACUCUUCUCAUCCACGAUCACUCUCAGCCGUUCACCAGUCGCAAACCCGAAGCAACCGAACACGGCACAGAGAGAGAGACAUGACCUCAGCAACUUGCCGACACAUACCAACACCACCAGCAAGACAAUGAGUGAGAUUGGAUUGGCACGCCUUCGAAAACGGUGACACGAAACCAAGAAACCGUCCAAUCAUCCCCCCCCCCCUCCAGUGCCCCAAAAACACAGCCGCCAUGCUCUUGGUAGUAUUUAUUGGUGGCGCCAUGUCGUCUUCAGCCUCAGCACACUAGACUAG